GGAACCCUCGUAUCUCGUGUGCGUGCGAGCGUAUUUCAUAUAUAUAUAUAUAUAUAUAUAUAUAUAUAUAUAUAUAUAUAUAUAAAGAAAAUGAAAUUAUCCAUGAGCUGAGGCGGGGCCCAUUCUCUUGAGGCGAUAGAGUGGAUCGACGCUAGUUUAUGCUCGUACGUGGUCCCCACCCUCCACAAAUACAAAAAGGAAGAACUCGCCUUCUCGCUCUUUCUGUCCUUUAACUCUCUCGUUUCUCUCUCUUCGUUUCUCCGUCCAACCUGAUCCCUAUCUUGCCCUCAUCGUCUCCGAUCGAGUUGCACCGCGGCCUCAACUGGACUGAACACGGAAGAAAGGUCAACGUCGGUUCCUGUGGAUGAGGAAUCCGGUGAGAUCGGACACCGUCGGCGGAAGUGGCUCCUCUUCCGGCAGAGGAGGAGGCGUGAGCAAGACGACGCCGUGCUGCAGCAAGGAAGGGCUGAAGCGAGGGCCAUGGACGCCGGAGGAGGACGAGCUCCUCGCCACCUACAUCAAGAAGGAAGGCGAGGGCCGGUGGCGGACUCUCCCCAAGCGUGCCGGCCUCCUCCGCUGCGGAAAGAGCUGCAGACUCCGCUGGAUGAACUACCUCCGCCCUUCAGUCAAGCGCGGUCCAAUCGCCCCCGACGAGGAGGACCUCAUCCUCCGCCUCCACCGCCUCCUCGGAAACAGGUGGUCGCUCAUCGCCGGAAGAAUUCCUGGACGGACUGACAAUGAGAUCAAGAACUACUGGAACACCCACCUCAGCAAGAAGCUCAUAAGCCAAGGGAUAGAUCCAAGGACUCACAAACCCUUACCAGAUGCACCAACAAACUCUAGCCCUAACCCUAAUUCCAAGUCAGAUGCUCAGCCCACACCUUCGUUCCUCACUCCCAUCCCUACCCAACUUCCGUUUCCCCCCACACACCUCCCAGUUCCUUCCAAUCUGGUCCUUUCCCCGCCGCAGUCGCCGCUUCCACCUCCUCCUCCACCUCCACCUCCACCUCCUCCUCCUUGUUCUCUUCCCUAUGCAGCUUCUCUCCCCCAUGAUCAUCUUCACCAGAACCAAAACAUGCAUCUGCAGAUGAGUGGUGACCAUUUCGGAUCCGCCCGAGGCGAGAUGAUGAUGCUGAUGAUGAGUGGUGCCCCUCCUGGAGACAAGAGUGAUGACAGAGGAAACAGUGAUGAUGUUGACGAAGUAGAUUACUGCACGGAUGACAUAUUCUCUUCUUUCCUGAACUCGCUCAUAAACGAAGACGUGCACAUUCAACAGCAGACGCACGGCCAUCUGAUUGCGCCAGUUGAUGAUCCUCUAGCUUAUCAUGCCCAGGAUGAUAGCGGUGGAAAGAAGUGGUCUCAUGGAGAUCAUAACCACUGUGAGAUCCCUCCACGUAGAGAUCAUGAUGUAUAA